AUGGCUCCAAAAGGGUCAACAGUUCAAUUUACCACUGGACAAGGUCUUAAGCUUACUUCUCCUGAUGGCCAGUUUCUAUGGAUUUCAACUAACCUUUCUGGUACUGUUCUUUAUGGCUCCUUGAACGACUUCGACAACUUUGUUUGUAAAGAUAGAAGAUUGAACUCUGUUUGGGAUACCUUCGAGGAUCCUACAGACACCAUAUUGCUCUCACAGAUUUUAGGAAGAGGAGGAGUGCUUUCUUUUAGAAAAUCAGAGAUCGAUUUCGCCAGGGGAAAAUUCCAACUUGUUCCUCAAGAUUAUGGUAAUCUAGUGAUGCAUUCCAUAGACUUACCAUCUAGGUAUCCUAAUGAAAAUUAUUUCGAAACCGAUACUGUUGAGUCUGAAACAAGUAGCCCUGGUGUUGAACUAGUCUUCAACAAAUCUGGAGAGUUGCAUGUUCUAAGAGACAAUGGUUGA